AAAGCCUCCACGCUAUAUAAUCCCACAGUGUUUCUAGCAAUGCCUAAGCGACAAUCAGAAGAUAUGGUUGGCUUCGAAAACUCUCCAGAAACAACCGAACGAGUCAAACAGGCACGCCGCGCGGUGGCGUGCAAAUCGUGCCACGCAUUAAAAGUGCGGUGCACGCCGGCAGACGAGGCCGAACCCAUGGGCCCAUGCUCGCGAUGUCUUAAAACUGAACGGAAAUGCGAGAUCGAGGUGAUCCCGCGCAAAAAAAAGAAAAAGGACGGCGAGCGGAUCGAAGAUUUGGAAAACCAGGUCAGGUUUCUCGCGUCCAAGCUCGACGAGGCGCACGCCGCGAGGAACACACCGCCAGACUCAGCUAUGGAAACACCACGGGCAAAUAUGCGUACGGACGCACCUGGUAUGCGCUUCAGUAGUGGUCCUAUACGGUGCUCGUCUGUAACAAUGAAGCGCGCACAUCUCGAGGGCGAGUUGAAGUUUAUCACCUCCUUCCAACAGGCGAGGUUUCCCCAGAUCGCCGGAGACGUGACCUCCGUCGCCGACCAGCGUAUCGCACUCUUGAGCAGCGAGCACAAGCCGGAUAUAGUCGAUCUGGGACUCUUGACGCUCGCAGAGGCUGAAGAGCGGCUCCAAAUAUACAAGUCCGUGAUCUGCGCGCGCUACCACUUUGUGGAAGUAACAUGCGAGCUCGCAGAGCUACGGGCCUCAGAGCCGUUUCUCUUUCUCACGGUGAUGAACACUGUGACGAUGCUCGUGCAACGACUCCGCGACGCGAGCGCUAGUGACCUUUUGCUCGAGAACCUCUGCAUCAAGGCCAUCACGAACCAGGUGCUUGUCAUUGGAAACAAGUCGCUCGAGCUCCUCAAGUGUCUCUUGUUGCUCUGUGUAUGGAACAACUCCCCCGAGCUCUUCCACCAACGUCGCUAUCACCUCGUCAACUCGCUUUGCGUCUCGAUGGUGCAAGAUCUCGGGCUCUCGGGACGCCCGUACUACAUCGGGCUUUCGGGCCGCCCAUACGUUUACUUCAACCGCGAGCAAGGGGCUAUCAUGCGCCCCAUGGCAAUCCAGGAUCCCAAGAGCCUUGAGUGUCAAAAAAUGGUUCUAUCUGUCUACUUCGUUUCUGUGAGUAAUGCGCUCUUCAUGCGCAGGAGCAUCACGGUGCGUUGGAUGGCGUACUUGGAGGAAUGUUGCGUCAGCCUUGAGGCAAGUGGCGAUGCGAGCCUUGCCAGCAUUGCGUCGUUCGCGCGUCUCAUCCACCAGUUGGAGAAGAUCUACUUCACGGUACACGCGCCAGACGACCACACCUCCUUCGACAUUAACAGCUAUCGUUGCCGUUACAUCGUGAACGAUCUCCAGGACGAGUUGGACGAGCUCAAGAAGACGAUCCCGCCAGACGAUGAUGAAUUUCUCUCGUACUACUACUCCGUCGAGGCGUACCUCCACGAACCGUCCUUGGAGCACGUAUCCGAUAUCCACAGCACCCACAUGAUGGCCGCUAUCACGCGUUGCUCCCACCUGUGCCAGCUCUCAUUGCGCCAUUGUAUGUCGCUCUCGCCACAGCAACUUAGUAGCAUGCCGUUGUUCUACUCCACACGCAUCUUGUACACCGCGGGGCUGUUGUUGCGCUUACGCUAUCUCGUAAUCACCAUGGACACAGGUAUCAGGGAAUCCGUGCCCACUGACUCGCUCAUCCCUAUCCAGCAGAUUUCCAGCAUCAUCGACGUCUCGGUGCAGACGUAUCCGCUUCACAAUUUAUUGCGCAAGAUGCGCUUGGUUCUCGCAUUGUUCAUCCAGACGUACGCAACGCAGGUCAAGACCCUCAUCGGGAAGGAAGUUGGGUCGAAGCUCAGCACGGAACUCAACGCCGAUCUCGGAGCAAAUCUCGACAGCUCGCCACAUUUGGACUUUUCUGGCUUUGCAGAGUCCCCGCGUCACGAAGCUAUGAUGCCCGAGGGUCAACUAUGGCGCAUGGAGACCUCCGCGGGCGGCUUGGACAUGCUCUCCCACGUCGCGCACACCCAGACUCGCUCACCCAUGCCGCUUACACAAGACGUGCGUGAUAUUGCUCCCAGCGACACCUCCUCACCCACAAUUGUGUAUCCGAUAAUGCCCACCCCCAACUACAACGACAUGUUGGCCGACCCCAACUCGCUCGAGAUGUCCUACUGGGCGUUAAACGACGAGUUCUGGACUGACUUGGUCAAAUCGAACUUUGAGAUACCAAACUUUGACAAGUGGGAGGAUAAGAGCGUGGUUGGGAAAUGAUAUACCGAGAAACCCUACGAAUAGGCAACGGCUACGUAAGCAGGCGAUGGCAAUAUGGUCAAACGGUGGUUGAUUACACAAAAUUCGGGAGAUCCACAAACUAUUGAAACCAAAAUAAAAGAUACCCUGGGGGUCUUUAAUUGAAGCCAAAUGAAAUGCCUAUGAGUGGAAACGAUAGAUUUAAAUGUUGUGGGGUUGGGUGAUAUGAUACAUACCGGUAGAUGUGGGAUGCAAAUGCAAUUCAGGUAUAGUAAAUGAUAUCACAACCGGAUAAAGUAAAUGAUAUAGAAAAUGACAAGACAACAAAUAAUUGGGAUAGGGAUAUAACAAGCUUUUGGGUAGAAGGGCGGUAAUCUGGAUGGUGAGUUAGCUAGUUCAAGAAUGAGG